AUGCCGAGCGCCGAGGAGACGACGUAUCUGAUCGGCGUGAUGCCCGACGGCGCGGCGCCGGACGCCUUUUUGACGCGCGACGUCGACCUGCUCGUGUCGCAGAUCAAAGAGAAUCUGCGACUGUCCAGCCUGAAGGCCAAGUCCAGCAUCAGCCACAAAAACAGUCGGCCGUCGCCGUACCGGGUGCCGGCGCGUUCCUGGGCGGAUCCGGCGGCUGGUUGCGAAGUCUGCGGUCUGCGGUCGAGCGGCCAGCAGCAACAGCAACAACAGCAGCAACAACAGAAUCCCGCCGGUCAUCAUCACCACCAUCACCAUCACCACCAUCACCACCACCACCACCAUUACCAUCUGAAGAGGAGCGAGAGGAGCCGAGUGGACGACGACCCGUACGAGGUGCUCCAGGAGCUUCUGCGCGAGGGCGGCCUCAUCAAGGAGGCGGUCAAGAGGCUGCAGGAGAACCUCGACGAGCUCUCGAGCUCGGAAGCGGACGAGGACGACGUGGUGGACGACGAGGACGACGACGUGCGACGUUCCAGUGGCAGCGGCGGUGGCGGCAGCGGCUACCGCAGGAAACCAUACUUUUACGACUCCGAGGACGAGCCGUUACCGCCGAUGUACGAGCCCCUGGAGCUGUGAGGCGCGCGGCGGCAGCAGCAGCAGCAGCAGCGCCCGAGCAGCACUUUUAUGGACGUUCCUGCGUUCCCGCUGUGAACACGAUGCCGCUUUAUCCCCGCGGGAUAACCUCUUGUGUCCCCUUCGUUUCUUUUUCUUUUUUGUUGAAAGGAACGAGGGAUUUUUGUAACUACGUGCCGGCGGACGCUUCCUUUGUGACUCUCGAAAGUGUAUCGGAAUCCCAUCGACGAAGGAAGACGAUAAAGGGGUAACAUCCUGUGUGAGCACGUUUUUUCUUUCGUCUGCCCGCGUGGGAGUCCCGGGACGAUGGGCGGCGAAUGCGGCGAUGCGACAGUGUGCGUGCGUGCGUUGGCCUGCGUGUAUGUGUGUGUGUGUGUGUGUGCGCGGACACAAUUAGGCGAGAACUCGCCUUACAUGGCCGUGUUUGUAAAUACGCUGCGUUGUCGGCGCUGCGCGAUAGCUUCGCCUCGUCGCUGUAUCGACGGACCUACGUGGAAGACUUAUGGCCGCCAAGGCGGCCCGUGUGCUUCACCGCCGUUCGGAAUGUGCGCGCGAGACGAUCCUUCCCGUGUAUACGCGUUCCACUUCGCGAUCGACGUAGAUCGUUUGUUAAAUAUCGCUGGCGAAUUAACGUCGGACUGACGUGACUUGGCGCACGUCGGUCUGCGUUCAGUAAUCAUUGCAACAUGUUCCUCUCUUUUUUUUUUUCUUUGUACUGGUACCCUGUAACCGUGUUAACAAUCAUUAUCGAUAUCCCGAAUCAUUGAGAAAUAUCACCGGUGAUAAUCGUAGCGCAAGGCCGCGAUAUAAUAAUUCUUUGUAUAUAUUUUGAAGUAUUGGAAAACAUAGAGAUACUUAUAUUUGUUGUUCCUCGUGUGGUAUCUCACAGUUAUUAAAAUAUCGAUAGAUAUCGUUAUCACGGUGCGGGGUGUCCGUCAGUUGAUUCACGAAACUCUUGGUUGACGCUUCAAAUACUAAGCGAGUAGGCGGGGAUAAAAAGUAUAUAGCAUAAUAUUUUUUUUUUUGUAUAAUGUUUUAUUUAACGAGACUCUGCUGGUUAGAGAUUUAUCUUUUUUUUCCGACGCUCGAUAUGAAGAGUUUAAGACUUGGAAGGUUUCCGACGUCCUCGUUGCUCUAAAAAUUAGUCAUUAGUUACACGUUCGGACGGUUUCCUCCAGUAUUUGAAGAGUUAAUCUAACACGUCAUCAUUCGUCAUCUCGCGCGAACUGUUUUGAUCAAGUUGCAUAAGAAGUCUGUGUUAACUCUGAGUAAGCGAGACGAUGUUGUCUCGAUUCUAGCAUUAAACGAAGAAAGAUCUAAUAAACUUUUAGUACAAUCAUAUUUGUUUAACAAUGCAAAUUUUUUUGUUUUUUUAUUUAACGAUGCAAAUUUUUUUUUUAUAAUUAAAGUUUGCGGGAAGCAUCACAGGUUUUUGGAUUUAAUUCUUACAGCUCGAGAAACGGCAUCUUAUCCAUAUUCAUAUGAAUACUUUCGUGUCCGAUCACUUUUUCAUUUAUUUAAAGUGAUUUAAAAAAAAAAGCUUUAAAAAUUUAUGAAUUUUUCAAGAACUUUUUCUGAAAUAAACGCUUGGAAAAAAACAAAAUAAAAAAUAUGUGCAGUAUAAUUUAAUUGCUUGUGAAAAACGAGAAACUUCCAUAAAUAAAAACCGAUAUCGAACACGAGGUGCCCAUGUUUGUGCUGUAAGGAUUAAUUUCUAAAUAAUAAUGACAUAGCUCGACAUAAUAAAAUAAAAAGGCUUCUUUACUAUACGCGCUUCGAACAUUGUGAACACGCAAGUAGCACGAAACAAUAGCUGUUUAACUUGGUUUGUAAUUAUUACAUGACAGUCUCCCUCUCGUGUCUACAUUAUUUGCCGUUCGAAUUCGAAGAACGGUAUAGCGCGGGAACUUUUUAAUUCUCGAAGCACGAAACGUAUUGUCUGAUUUUACCACCGGUUACCUGUGAGCUUAAACGGUGAGUCUUGCUCGCCUAUCGAUUUACAACAAGUUGAAUCGUUAUCUCACGCGACGCACGAGAACUCGCGUCGACGUUCUAUAAAUGGAGACUUUCCGUUAGAGAAUCGGAAUAUCACCCGCAAAGAAACUUGCCGAGCGCGACGAAGACGAGUCGUCGUGGCUUUCCAAAGAAAAAAAAAGUCUGAAAGAAUUAAACGAGAGAGAGAUGAGAUCUCCGCGUUGUCGCGAGAAUUCCAGUAGUACCGGGGUUUCCCAAAUUUUUAGAUCCGGCACUUUUUUUUUUAGCGCAGACUUCGCACGGAGGACAUAAAGUUGUACACGUGCACGUCCGAGUAGAGGAGAGAGAUAGGAAGAGAAAAGCGUACACGAGCGUAUCGAUAAAGAUACUUCACAAGCUGUUAGACGAGGACAAUCAGGUCCUGCCCCAGGAUUAUACGGUCUUACACUUUGAGCGAGUUAAACCGCACGAUUCGCGCGACCGAUCAACGAUUAUCGAUGCCUUUGCAUUGCGUGGCGAAAGUAUUAGGGGCACAAUCGCCACACACGCGAGAGGAGGACGCACAGAGACACGGUGAUCUCAAUUUAUUUUUUCAUGAUGCGCGCAACGAGCGGAUCAGCCGAUCGAUGCGAGGCGAGAUCAUUGGUAGCUUUAGCUUAGGCUCGGUUUAGUUUCCGACAGCUGCGUCCUUAAUCCUAAAGGGUACGAGACACUUAAUCGUCCGUUUGGCGAAAAGCGAGAGAGAAAGAGAGAGAGAGAGGCCGGUGGAAGUUUUGUACAAAGACGCUUACGUCCACGAGGAUUGUAUCGCGAGAAUCUCGGACUGAUUGUGAGACUCGUACAAAUGGAGGUUUCCGUAACCCAGCUGGUGGGACGCGACUUCGUCUAUUUAUAAAGUUAUAUAUAUUGAGGAAAUAGCGAUUUUGAAAUUCAUUGACGGAACUUUCGAAAACUAUUACGAGCUCUGAAGAAGAAAACUCUACGGGAUUCCGACCGUUGUAUCGUGUAGAACAAAUGCGCUGGAAUAUUAACGAAGAGACGUGAGAAUGUCAAAGAUUUAGGUAAUGUCCACGUUGCAGGGAUCUGCGGGAGAGAAGAUAAAUAAAAAAAGAGAGAGAGAGAAAAGUGACGACGGUCAGUCGAAGGAGGAAACGAGGAUCGCGCGUUAACGUGGAUCUGUAUAAUAGUAACGUUUAGCUUUAUAUCCCUUUCUCUGUGCAUGUUUUAGUGCAUAGCUACUUAUCGCUAUCGAUCACUAGAAGAGAGACACGCUGUUGAUGUUACAUUGUAUCCGCACGUACAAGUUUGCCUGUAUACGCGUGCGUGCGUUGAACGAGUUCGCGCGCGGCGAGAUGGUGUUCCAUCGUUGCGUGAAUCAUUUCGCGCGAAUGGAAAGAUAAGGAGAAAGAGAGAGAGAGAGAGAGAAUAGUAUGAGGACCUUUACGGGGCAGCUGUGACGUCACGAGUUGACAUAAUUAUCAAAGAGGAUUAUUACUCCUCGCGAUAAUGCCGCUGUCAUCGUGGCGCCCGCUCAUUAUUAAUUUCUCGUAGCGAGAAAUCGCCCGUUCUAUUUCGAAACCUCGCAAUAUCAAUUCGAUGAAACCCUCGAUUAUUCCGGGGAGCGCGCGCGAGAGUGACGUCACGGCUGCAGCGUCCGGGAUUUUAUUGAAGACGAUGCUGGCGUAAACGCGGUCGCGGCACAGACACACAUAUACACACACACACACAAAUGACGCAAUAAAAUGACACACUUGUAUGUAGCGCGAUUACAUGGGGGGGGGGGAGGCGAAGAAGCGAGAAUCAUUUCGGGGCUUUGCGUCGUCGGUCCCGACGCCGUUCGCCGCCUUAUCCGACUAAUUAGAUAAGCUAGUAAUUAGUACCACAUCGCGCGUACCUACUACGAGCGGAGCGAACGAAUUGCGUCAGGAUUCCACAGUUCCGACGAGGAUACUUGUGUAUGCGUUGCGUGCGUGAGUGAGUGCGAGCGAGAGAAAGAGAGAGAUGUGUGCGUGGGAGAGUUGCGUUAGUCAUUUCGUUCUCUUUUUCUUCUCUUUUUUUUUUCUACGUGUGAGCGCAAUCCUUCGUUCAUUUUUAAGUUCGUCGUUAAAGAACUGUGCAUUAUGGAAACUAUAUCUCGUUGUGAUCGCCGGGCUUGCACGCCCGGCAACUCUUAAUUAUGGAAAAAAAAAAAAAAAUAAAGUUCAAAGUUUCGAUGCA